AGCGCGAGCCGCGAGGAGGAGACGGGAGGGCGAGGCACAGCCAGGCAGGCAGCCGCACGGCACAACUGCACCGCACUCUGCCUCCUCCCUCCCUCCCUCCCUCCCUCCCUCCGUCCGUUCUCCCCCCUUGUCCUUCUCCACUCGGCACUGCCGCAUUCUGCUCGCUACCCAAACACGCGCACAAGCAGCAGCCGGUUACAUCGCCGGCGGCGCGCGCACGGCAGGAGAGGAGAGGGAGACGCGGCCGGAAGAAGGCGCAGGCUUUGGUUUGCCGGGGCCCGGUGGGAGUGGGAUACGCCGGUAGUACAGAGCCAUGGCGCCGAGCUGCUACGACGUGGCCGCGUCCAUGCUCCUCUGCGCCGAGGAGCACAGCAGCAUCCUGUGCUUUGAGGAGGAAGAGGAGGAGGAGUUGCAAGUGGUGGGGAGAAAGAGAGCCCGGUCGCCGGAGCCGGACUACGGGGACGAUUUCGGCGUGGAUUUGUUCCCGCCGCAGUCGGAGGAAUGCGUGGCCGGUCUGGUGGAGAAGGAGCGGGAACACAUGCCGAGGUCCGACUACGGCGAGAGGCUGCGCGGCGGCGGCGGCGACGGCAUCGAUCUCUGCGUCCGCCGGGAAGCCAUCGACUGGAUUUGGAAGGUUUACACAUACUACAACUUUCGUCCUCUCACUGCCUACUUGGCAGUGAACUAUCUUGAUCGUUUCCUCUCACGGUACGAGCUGCCGGACGGCAAGGACUGGAUGACACAACUCCUCUCGGUGGCGUGCGUUUCUCUAGCCGCCAAGAUGGAGGAAACUGCCGUCCCUCAAUCUCUGGACCUUCAGGUCGGAGAUGCGCGCUAUGUGUUUGAGGCCAAGACGAUCCAGAGAAUGGAGCUCCUUGUUCUGAGCACCCUCAAUUGGAGGAUGCAGGCCGUGACACCUUUCUCCUACAUGGAUUACUUCCUAAACAAGCUCAAUGGUGGCAACGCGGCGCCAAGAAGCUGGUUCUUUCAAUCCGCAGAGCUUAUCCUCUGUGCAGCCAGAGGAACCUGCUGCAUAGGGUUUAGGCCGUCUGAGAUCGCCGCGGCAGUUGCGGCAGCCGUGGUCGUCGGAGAAGGGAACGUCGCAGGCAUUGAGAACGCCUGCCUUCACGUAGACAAGGAGCGGGUGUUGCUGUGCCAGGACGCGAUCCAGUCCAUGUCCAUGGCGUCCUCGGCCAUUGACACUGUGCCACCAAAGUCUGCGAGCGGCAGCGGCAGGACCUCCACCUCCUCCCCUGUGCCUGUGCCAUGGAGCCCUGUAGGGGUGCUGGACGCUGCUGGCUGCCUCAGCUACAAGAGCGAAGACGAUGCCGCCGGGGCAGCAGCGACUGUUGCUGCUGCCUCACAUGGGGCCUCUGGCUCUUCAAGCUCAUCGCCCCCAGUGACCAGCAAAAGGCGAAAACUCACCAGCCGAUGAUGCAUUGUUGCAGUGACCGGUCAAAGUGCGUGCCCAAUGAGCAGAGUGAACUGACUAGGACUAGUCUAGUCUGCUUUUGAUUUUCUUUUUUUACCGCGCCAAGAAAGGUCAAAUGGCUCCCGAUUGCAACGGAGGUGGUGGUUGUGCUGUGUGAGAUGGAUGUGCAUUGAGAGGCGAAAAGGGAGGGGAUUUUGACAUGACGAGAGGAGUCUGGGCAAGAGCAAGAAGUUGAUGAAUAAAGAUGUGAGGUGGACAACACCUAAAUUGCUGAGCUUUUCUUUGCAAGGACCGGAGGAGAGGAGGGAGACAGACAGGCAGCCACAAGCUUGGUGUGCCACAAAGGGCGCACCAUGGCUUUGUGGGAACACAAAGCUGGAGGAGAUCGAUGAAUGAGAUGAUCAGAAUAAAGGUGGUGAAGGGCCUGGAGGGACCAGGCCGUAGGCAAUAUGUAGGAGAACUAGGCACUGACCUGCCUAUCUUUGAGUAUUAUCUGAUAAAUUGCUUUAGUAGUUUCUAGUAUUUUUUUUUUAUUUUUCAGUUUCAUUGUGAAGAGAAAAAUGUAGGAGAGGAGAAAUGUAUUUGUGACCCAAAAAAAAGUUGAUCCAGAUGAAUAAAUUAUGAGGCUAACAUGAGAAAAA